GUAGCUGUCACUGUCUCAUAAGAAAUUGUGGAUCAUUUUUAUUUCCUUUGCAAAUUUAUUUUUCUCAUAAUAUUUAAAUAAUUUUGGGAAGUAAUUUGUAAUAAAUGAGUGUAUUGCCGACAGGAUAAGUGAAAGCUAGAACACAAUGCACGAUGUUGGAGGGCCUGGUGGCUUGGGUUUUGAACAACUACCUCGGAAAAUAUGUAGAAAACUUGAACACAGAUCAGCUGAGCGUAGCUCUUCUCUCUGGCAAGGUAGAGUUGGAGAACUUGCCCCUAAAAAAAGAUGCACUGCGCCACCUGGGCCUGCCCGUGGAGGUCAGAGCCGGAUUUAUUGGAAAAGUGCAGUUGCAGGUGCCAGUGCGGCAGAUCCGCUCGGCUCCCUGGCUCAUAGCCAUAGAGAAGCUGUACCUUGUAGCUGCUCCUGUCAAUCUGGAUGAAUGGGACAGCACAGUGGAGGCCAACAUCGCGCACGACCGCAAGAUGGCGCUGCUGGACGCGCUGGAGGCGCAGUGGCGCGCGUCGCACGAGGCCAGCGACGGCUACUACGCCACCUCCUACUCCUCCUGGCUCAGCUACGGCACGGGCCUGCUCGCCAACAUUGUGGAGAAUCUACAGCUCAAGCUGAACGACGUGCACAUCCGCUACGAGGACACGAUCACAUGCCACCCGAGCGCGUUCGCGUGCGGGCUCACGGUGGAGUCGCUGGCGGCGGAGUCCUGCGACAGCGACUGGCGGCGCGGCUUCACGCUGCUGGCGGACGCCGACGGCUGCUCCUUCAAGCUGCUGGAGCUGCAGCAGCUGGCCGUCUACUGGGAUCCCAUGCCCGUGCCGCAGGGGAUCUUCGCUAACUGCACGUUGCAGGAGCUCACCGUCCGCAUGUCGCAGACGUGGAAGUGCCAGCACCAGUACCUGGUGUCGCCGGCGUCGGCGGCCGCGCGCGUGCGCCGCGAGCGCUCGGAGCAGCCGCUGCGCUCGCGCACGCGUCCGCGCAUCUCCGCGCAUCUCACGCUCGACUCCGUGCUUCUCAACCUGACCUCGAGACAAUAUAACGAAGCGGUGGGGUGUUCGCUGGGCCUGGAGCGCAUCGGACGACUGCGGGAGCUGCGGCUGCGGCGCCCCGCGGCCCCUGUACUCGGCCACGCGCGCCUCUGGUGGCUCUACGCGCUCGACACGCACGUGCGCAGUCAUCACUGGACAGAGCCGAAGCCUACAUGGGAAUCGUGUUUGGAUCAAGCGCGGAAGACGAGACAAUACGUGGAGAUCUGCUUGGGGAUCCUGAGCAACCCAGCCGCGGCGCUGCCGCCCGAGCGGAAGCUCUUCAAGGACGAGUUCGAGUGGCGCACGCCGCUGCACAUCCUCAAGCCUCUGCGGGAGAUUGCAAUGCGGAAAGUGCCAAAAGCCAGUCCAGUGUCCACACCGGACACGGCCAGCAGCUCCGGCCGCAGCAUGCUGGUGCACUGGUUCCCGCAGUGGUGGGGCUGGUACGGCUCCUCCCCGCCCCCCGACACCGCCGCAGCCCCCGUGCCCGACCUGGAGGAGGAGAUCUUGGAUGUCAUUGCGGAUUCCAUUGAGAAUAACACGCUAUUGAAGAGAGACACGGUUUUUGGGAAGUUCGAGUUUAUUUUGAACAAAGGCAGCUUGAAUCUGGUGGAAAGCGCGGAGGAUGGAGAUGACAACGCGGCGACGGGCGUGGAGCUGCAGUUCUCGCGCGUGCGCGUGCGCGUGGAGUCGCGGCCGCGCGCAGGCGCACACGCGCUGCACGUGUCGCUGGGCGCCGUGUGUCUGCUGUCGCGCAUCACGCCCGGCUCCCUCUUCCCCGUGCUCAUCGCGCCGCAGGGCAUGAUCCGCGAAGGUCUGUCAGCGAUGAACACCCGAGCUACCACCACGUCGUGGUGCCGCGCGCAGGUGACGCAGCAGCGCGAGGUGAACCAGGAGCCGCUCUUCCAGCUCAGCUACGAGAAGAAGCCCUUCGGACUCAACUGUGAUUACAAACUGUGGGUGAAGUCGGCGUCGCUGGAGGUGGUGUACUGCUGGGCGGCGGCACGCUGGGCGCGCGCGCUGCUGUGGGCGCCGUGGGGCGCACGCGCGUCCCAGCAGUACGCCAGCGUGCGCGACCACACGCGCGCCCGCCUCGUGGAGCACUGGGAGCACAUGAUGCAGGCGCGUCCGGGCGACCGUCGCUCGUGGCAAGUGGAGCUGGACAUCUCAGCGCCGCAGAUCCUGUUCGUGGAGGACCUCUGCAACCGCGACGCUUCGGUAUUGGUCGUCGACUUCGGCAGGCUUCGGCUCGCGAACGCCGUCCCGAACGACGACGCCCCGGCCACGCCCACCGACGACGAAGAGAUGUUCAUGACCCCGUGCUCGACGCCGCCGGGCAGCCUGCUGUCCCCCUCCUCCCCGCCGGAGCCCGCGCCCCUCGCCGCGCCUCCGCCCGACCUCGACGCCGCGACGCUGCACAUGCGCCUCUAUGACAGAUACAAUAUAGAACUGAGCGACCUGCAGAUCCUAGUGGGGCGCGCGCGGGACAACUGGAAAUAUGCGCACACUCGCUCCAGCUCGUCGCUGCAUCUGCUGGACCGGUUCAGCAUUUCCUUGCAGGCGGAGCGGCGCGUGGUGGCGACGGCGGACCCGCAGUUCCCGACGGCGACGCUGCGCGGGUCGCUGCCGGCGCUGGUGGUGCACCUCAGCGAACACAAGCUGGCUGCCGCGCGCGCUGUGCUCCUCCACUCGCCGCUGCUCAGGAACUUGAGCAGCUCCCCGACGGGCGCGGGGGCGGAGGAGGAGGAGGAGGACAGCAGCGCGCGGGCGGAGGAGGCCAGCUCGGAGCACGCGGCGUCGCACAGCGCCAAGCUGUUCGUGCUGCAGUUCUCCAUCGACCAGCUGUCGCUCGAGGUGCAAUCCCGCGGACGAAGCAUCGCCGAAGUCCAAGUGUGCGGCGUCCGAGCGGCGGCGGCGCUCAGCGCCAGACCUUCAGAACUGUCGCUGUCUCUCUCUGUUCACUCCUUGUUGCUGGUGGACGCUCUGCAGACGUACGGCACUGACUUCGAGCUACUGGUCGCCAGUCACAAACAUGUAGGCAUGGACACAGCUUCAGGCAGCAUCCGCGGCUCGGAGCCGACGUCCCCCACAUCGCCGACGUCGCCGGAGUGCCCCGCGCCCCGCGGCGCCCCCGCCCUCGCGCACCCGCAGGCGCUGCAUCACGCGCUGCACUCUCUGCGGUACUCCGCCGGCGCCGGUCUGCGAGCAGAGGGUGGGCGUAGCAGGUGGGAGCAGUGCCCCGGGCAGGCGGGCUGGGCGCCCCCUGGGCUCGUGGACUCCGAGGCGCUCAUAGCUGUGGAGCUGUGUAUCGUCAAGGGCGAGGGGGACUCGGAGGACUUGAGGAUCGCUAACAUACUGUUCAACAAUUUGGACAUCAUAGCCAACCAGGAGACGAUAGUGGAGCUGAUCGGGUUCGCGCAGCGCGUGUGGCGGCCGGCGGACGCUGCGCCGCGCAUGCGCCGCGCCGCCGCGCCGCCGCCCGACGACUUCAAGAAAGAGGUCCGCACGGAGAUAACAUUCGACUUCCACCGGCUGGGAGUGCUGCUGCUGCGCGCGGCCGUGCACGAGGGCAACGUGGUGGCCCGCAAGAUAGCCACCGCCACCGUCAGCGAGGCCAGGAUACAGGCCACGCUGGACUCCUGCCACAUCUCAGUGGACGGGUCUCUGGGGGGAGUGCAAGUGGUGUCCCUGUGCGAGGGGGCCGGGGUCCACACUCGAGUGCUGGCUGCGGGCACCGACCGGCACCAGCCUGACUCCCGGGCGCUGCUGUUCACCGUCACCAGGAAGCUGGAGACCAGCGAUGAUGCCCCGGUGGUGCAGGCGAGCGUGUCCGUGCACGUGGCGUCGGUGUGGUACACGCACUCGCGGCCGCUGCUGCGCGAGCUGCGCUCGUGCCUCACCGAGUUCAAGCAGUACCUCGCCAACCUCGCGCGCUCCAUCCGCGCCGCCGCCCACGACAUGGCCCGCGGCCUCGUGCACCCCAGGAGCGAGUCCCUGUACUCGAACUCGAAGCUGUCGAUGUCGACGGACGGCGUGUCGCCGCGGCGCCGCACCGCCAGCAUGGGCUGCUCAGUCGACGACCCGCCCGAUCUCAGCGCAGACAACAUUGUGCUCAGCGUGAGCAUCGAGCUGGAGUCGCCGGUGGUGGUGCUGCCGCGCGCGGCGCACAGCAGCGAGGUGUUCGUGGCACACCUGGGCCGCAUGAGCCUGGGCAACAAGCCCGGCCCGCCGCACCGCUGCCUCUACCGCAUCCGCGUGCGCGACAUCUCACUGGCCUCGUUGGACGUGGCCGAACAACUAAAGACUCAUCAACUGAGCGGCGAGAACAUGUCUCAGAUCUACGACGUGUCGCGCGGCAAGCCCGUGCUGCACAACACUGCCUUGCAGCUGUCCAUCAGCUACGCCGACACUGAGCUAGAUGGCGCUGUUAUCAAUCAGUGUGAGAUUCGCGGCAAGAUAGUGGGUUCCUUGCAGAUCUCCGCGCGCCGCGAGCAGUAUGAGCAAAUGCUGGAAACCAUCCGCUGGAUCAGCGUGGCGCCCGACGAGAGACAGCCCGACAGGGAUCAUACUGACGAGAGCGCGGCGCUGUCGGAGCCCGCAGUGCCGACGCUGCGGCUGGACCCGGCGCUGCGCGCGCAGCAGCUGCUGCUGGCGCCGCCGCCGCCCGCCGCCGACACCACGCAGCGCAACUCCAACACUGACACUACAGUCCGGCUGGAGGUGUCGUCGCUGAAGGUGGAGCUGCGCGCGGAGCGCGGCGGCCGCGAGCGCAGCCUCGUGCAGCUCGCCUUCCGCGACUUCUCGUUGCUGCACCGCGCGCGGCCGCACUCCUUGCAGGUGUCACUGCACUCCAUAACGAUGGAGGACCUGAGCAAAGAGCCGGAGUCGAAGCACCGCAUGAUGAUGGUGUCGCACACGGCGCAGAAGCCGGCCAAGGCCGUGUUCGUGUCUGCGUCGUGCCCGGAGCUGCGCGUGCGCAGCGCCGCGUGCGCGCGCGCCGCCUCGCUGCCGGACAAGCUCCACGUGCUGGACAGGGAGUGGGCGGGCCGGCGCAGCAAGCGAGACAGAGACAGCAAGUGUGGCGUCACGCCUCCGUGCUCGCCCGCGGAGCCGCAGGCGGCGGCUCCCGACAGCGAGGACGACGCGGACGGCGACAUGCUGAGGGCCGACGACAACCUGGUCUGGGUCUCCGUGCAGUGGCGCCCUGACGCCUUGGAGGAGGGAGGAGACAAUAUAGUGAAAGUCACAAAGGUGGAGUUCAACUGCCUGAAGCUGGUGGUGAGCAUCGACAGCUGGGUCACGGUGCUGGACUUCUUCGGCAUCGCCGGCGACGACGCGCCCGACGACCGCCAACAGCCGCACCGGGCGCCCACAGACGAGUCCGGCAGCCCGGGCGCUGCCGGCGCUGCUGCAGCUGCGGACGCGGGCACGCGACGCACGGAGAUGUCGAUCCGCUCGCUGUCGGUGGUGCUGGUGCGCGGCGCGGCGGGCGAGGCGUGCCGCGCGCUCGUGUCGCGCGUGCGCCUCACCGUCAACGACGACUUAACCGCGCAUGCGCGACACAUACAGGGCAGACUGGGCGCGCUGCAGCUGACGGACCUGUCGCCGCACGCGCUGCUGUGGCGCGACCGCUUCCGCACGCACGCGCACCACGCGCUCACCUUCCACUACACUAGACUGUGUAGCGCGGAGGCGGCGGCGGCGGCGGCGGGCUACGACACGAGUCUGAGCAUAGAGAUCGGGCCGGCCACGUACGUGCACACCAAGCGCUUCGUGCUGGAGCUGCAGGCCUUCGCCAGGGAGUUCAGCUUGCUGCGCCGCGUCAUACUGCAGGCCAGGAAGAAGGUGUCAGUGUCGUCGCUGCACGGGCGGCUGCGGCGCACGCGGCUGCAGCUGUCGGCGACGACGCCGGUGAUCGUGCUGCCGGUGAGCGCGCGCGCGCAGCACGCGCUCGCCGCGGAGCUGGCGCGGCUCACGCUGCGCUCCGAGCCGCAGCCCGACCGGGACCCGGCGAUGCGGCCGCUGCUGGACGUGCGUUGCGCGCGGCUGGAGGGCGUGUCGCUGUGGUGCGCGCGCUACGCGCGCGGCGCCGUGCGCAGGCACGGGCCGCCGCUGCUGCACGCGCCCGCGCACCUCACGCUGCGCUGCGAAUCCAACAUGUCCGACACGCACGAUGUGGCAGACUUGACGAUCCAGGGCACGUUGACGACGCUGCAGGUGGCGCUGGACCCGGCGCAGUACCGGCUGCUGCGCGGCGUGCUGGCGCACAACCUGGGCGAGGACGUGGACGACGUGCUGCCGGCCGCGCCGCCGCUGCCCGACCACAACAACACACAGGUGUGGACCACAACGUCCCUGAAGCUGGAGCUGCAGGACGUGCGCGUGCAGCUGCAGUCGGAGCACGGGGCGUCGUCGCUGGCGUGCAUCAACUUCAUCAAGUCGCGGCUGCUUGUCGAGACCUACUGCGACCUCUCGCAGGACAUCGACCUCGUCUCGCAGGAAAUCCUGGUGUCGGACACUCGGUUCACGUCGGAGCCGGCCAACCGGCGCGGGAACGUGUUCAGCCACAUCGUGCAGCCCAUGGCCGAGCACAGGCACAGCGUGCAGCUCGAAGUCCACGCCAGGAAACGUCUGGACACGUCGGCAUAUACGAUCCUGGUGAACAACAUGCGGUUGAUGGCCAUCCUGGACUGGUGGGAGGCGGCCAACCAGUUCAUCAUGCAGCCGCCCCCGCCGCCCGCCGACCUCGACCAGAUGCAUUUAGAGGAGGCGCUGGCGACGCCGCGCGGCGGCCACGCGGCGCCGCGCGCUGAGCUCAAGCUCAACGUCACGGACUCACAGCUCGUGCUGGUGGAGGACGCCUCCGUGUGGGACACCAACGCUGUCAUACUGAGGAGCACCUGCGUGCUGACGUACCGGCCCGCCGACGCCGGCAAGCCGGUGUCGUGCUCACUGACGGAGCUGGAGCUGUUCUCGUGCGUGCUGGGGCUGGAGGAGGAGACUGCGCUGUCCAUCGUGGAGCCCGCGGCCGUGCACGUCACGCUGGGGCCGCAUACGCAGCUGCACGUCGCGAUGGGGAACCUGAACCUCCGCCUGUCAUACCACGACAUGCGAAUGUUUACAUCUAUGUUACAGUCUCUGCCUGCGCAAGCGCGCGCUGCGUUAGCUGGCAAACUCCUCUCAGACGAGCGCACAGAAGACGCGCCCGCGAACAGCGUGCACAUGCAGCGGCGCGCGGCGGCCGGCGGCCGGCGCUGGCCGCCGGCGCCGCCGCCCGCCGUCUCCGAGCCCGCGCCCAGCGCUAUCUGGCCGCUCAAAGCUGUACAGGUGACAGCUGAUUGUAUCACGCUGUGCGUGAUAGACGACUGCUUGGACUCCGACGUGCCGCUACUGGAGGUGUCGCUCAGCGAACUCAAAGUUGAACAGGACCUCCGCAAAGUGGAAGAAGGUCUAGAAGACCCGCUGCUGGUGUGCACGCCCGUCGGCCCCCACCCGCCGGGGCCCGCGCCUCCGCCCCCCGGCGCGGGGCUGGGCCGCCUCUCCGCCGUGCUGAGCGCGGAUUACUACAACAGACCCCUUUCUGGAUGGGAGCCAUUCGUCGAGCCUUGGAGAUUCGAGACGAUGUGGGAGUGGCGCGUGACGAGCACUCUGGCGCCGCGCGUGGAGAUCUCGGUGAGCUCGAGCGAGACGCUGAACACCAACGUGACGUCAUCGCUCAUCGAGCUCAGCACGCACGUGCGCGAAAACUGGAGCGCGGAUUACUACGCGCAGAGGUCGUCAUCUGUGGAAGCGUCUCCGAAGGGCAGCCCCGCGGGCCACCGCCGUCGCUCGCCCUUCGUGCCCUACGCCCUGCGGAACCUCACCGGCCAGCGGCUCUGGUUCACCACCCUCACCAGUUCACAACUAUCAGAGCCCGGCAGCCCAGCAAUAACGGAAGCCGGUCCGGACGACUCGUGGGUGUCGGUGCGGGCCGGGGACACGGAGCCGUUCUCGUUCGGGGCCCGGCGGGGCCGCGCGCGGGCCCGGGUCCCCGCCAGCCCGGCCCCGCCUGCGCCGUGUGCGGCGCUGCAUCAGCUGGCGCUGCGUCUCGACGGCUGGGCGCCGCCCGACCCCGUCUGCGUCGACAGAGUGGGCGUGUUCUUCAGGAACCUCUCGCAUCUGAAAACAGGAGCAACCGCGCGCAUAGUGUUGGAGGUGUCGCUGGAGGGCUCGGCGCGCAAGCUGGUGUCCGUGCGCUCGGCGCUGCAGCUCGUCAACCGGCUGCCGCACGCCGUCGACGUGCGCGUCGCGCUGCUGGAGAACAAGGGUGAAUGGAGCAGCGUGAGCAGCACAUGGCGGUCCGCGCAGGUGGCGGCGGGCGCGACGUGGCCGGCGCCCCUGUCCGCGACCCCCGGCGCGCUGUGGACGCGGCCCGCGCUCAGCCUGAUGAGCCGCGACCUGCGACCCGAGCCCCCCGCCCCCGCCGCCAUCGACUGGCGCUCCGCCAACACCGGCCAGCAGCUGCUGCACUACGAGUGCCGCAUGCAGUGCGGCCCGGUCUACAGGUUUUGUUGCUCCAUAGUCCGCGAGCGAUUCCCCCCUGAAAAGGGUUCUCCAGUAGCUGGCCACACCCUGACCCUUCUACCAGCCCUGCAGUUGGAAAACUUACUGCCCCUAGAGCUACAAUACCGGUGUUGCCAGCCAGAUAAUAUUACGCAGGCGCAGCAAUUGGGGCCUGGGGACACUAGGCCAUUCCACGAGGUGAACGUGGAGGAAGGCGUGGAGCUGAGCGUGAAGCUGGAAGGUUUCGGCUGGUCCUCCCCGCUGGUGGUGUCGGCCAGCUCCGGCGCCGGCUCCUUCAGCGCCAGGCUCAAGCUGCGGGACACCCGCGGCAGACGACUGUACCUCAACGCGAGGGUGACGCAUAAGAAGACUGAUGGAAUCAAGGUGUCGGUGUCGGCGGCGUACUGGCUGGUGAACCGCACGGGGCUGCCGCUGGUGUUCCGCGCGGAGGGCGCCGCCAGCGACGCGGCGGGGCAGUUCGAGGAGCACGAGGUGGCGCGCAUGGUGGCGCCGCUCAUGUUCUCCUUCGCCUCCGCCGACGGCGGGCCCACCAUCGCCGCCCGUCUGGGCCGCGCCCGGGCCCCCACGCCGCAGUGGUGUUCCCCGUUCGGACUGGGCCCCGGGACCUUCGUGAAGCGCCUGGUGGGGCGCUGCGAGGCGGGCGGCGGCGCGGAGGAGCGCGAGUUCGCGCUGGGCGUGAGCGUGCGCGCGGGCCGCGGCCGCUACCGGCACACCAACAUCGUCACCUUCACGCCCAGAUACCAGCUGCACAAUAACACUUCGCACCAUUUGCAGUUCGCGCAGAAGUGUACCGCCACCACGCUGUCGGACCCGGGCGCGAUGGCGACGCACGUGUGCGCAGUCGCCGGCUGCUACCUGCCCUGGCAUUGGGCGCGGGCAGACCGGGAGCGCUUGCUGUGCGUGCGGAUACUGGCGGCGCCCGCGCCGGGCAGCAGUGGCAGUGUGCCGCCCCCGCUCACCGGCUGGUCCGCGGGCUUCCGGCUGGACGCGGCCCGCUCUCUGCAUCUCGCCUGCAGGGAGAGCGGCGGCGGCUACCAGUUGGUGCGCGUGGAGGUGGUGUGCCAGGCCGCCAGCAUGUUCGUGGUGCUGACGGACGCGGACAGCGCGCCGCCGCCGCUGCGCAUCGACAACUACUGCCCCGUCUCCAUCAUGUUCCACCAGGUUGGGUGCACAGAGGAGAGCGUGGUCGGCGCGCACGCCUCGGCGCGUUGGGCGCUGCCAGAGCCCGACGGCGCAUGCGCGAUAUCCCUCCGCGCCCCCGGCGGUCCCCGCACUACCCUGCAAUUAGAUGUCUUAGGAGCUACUCAUCAUUUACUCUAUCAGAACUUCAUAUACGUGGUGUUUUCGAGCGCUCCGCCCCCGCCCCCGCCGCCCCCCGGGUCGGCGCCGGACGAAAAUGUGCUGGUAUUGGAAGUGCCUCUAGGUUCUACUAGAGUUGUACUCGGCAGGAAGCGAUAUGGAGAUAGGUCCCAACUCUGGCGGCGAGGACCUAACGACCAGCUGAUCCACGAGGGCAGCUCGCCCCCGCAACCCACAGACGCUCUACUCAGUGACGACCAGGCUUUAUCUCCACACGCUAUGGUGCUAGAUAUAGAAGAACCGGCGCCGCGGCCUCUCCAGGCCAGCGCUCUGGUGCUGCGGCGAGCGGACGCCCGGCGCGGCUGCACGCAGAGAUGGCGGCUGACGGCCGACGGCCGCAUGGCCUGCGUGCACGCCAACCUGUGUCUGCAGCCCGCCGCCGGCCUCAUGGGGCUCACCCCAGGCAGCCGCGUGGUGCUGGGCCUGUGCGGCGGCGGCGUGGCCCCGCGCGAGCAGUGCGUGUCGUGGCACACGCUGCGGCCGGGCUCGGGCCGGCUGCACGUCACGCUCAGCGCAGACGGACCCACCAGGCUCAUCACCAUACAGGAUCACAAGGCGCCGGAGUCCGGUUGGAUCGAAGGCGGCGAGGAGCCGCAGCAGCCGGCGGGCGGCGGAGGCGGGCGGGAGUGGGCGUGGCGCGUGUCGCUGGGCGCGCUGGGCGUGUCGCUGGUGGCGCGCGCGCCGGCCGGCGAGCUGGUGCACGCGGUGUUCGCGGGCGUGCUGCUCGAGUGCGCGUUGUCCGACCAGCUGGCGCUGUCGCUGGCCGUCAAGCAUAUGCAGUGGGACAACCAGCUACUGGGCACGCCCAGCCCCGUGCUGCUGUACUGCCUGCCGGAGCGCGCGGGCGGCAGCGCGCCGGCGCUGCACGCGGCGCUGGAGGUGCAGCGCGCGCCCGUGCGCAGGUACAACGCCUUCUACUUCCGGAGGCUGGUGCUGGCGCUGCGUCCGCUCGCCGUGCGCUUGGAGGAGAGACUGAUCCUGAAGCUGUGGGCGUGGGCGUGGGACCCGGAGGAGGAGAGCGCGCGCGAACAGCCGGACGAGGCGGACUACGAGACGCGGCGCAUGCUGGACGACCUCACUGCGCUGCACGCCACCAGAUACUACUUCCAGCUCAUACAGAUCGUGCCCAGCCAAAUCCGGCUGUCGAUGUGCACGGCCAACAAGCUGGAGGGGUCGCUGAGCGCGCUGAAGCGCCGCCUGGGACUGACGCUCAUCAAGUUCGAGGACGCGGCCGUGGAGCUCGAGCCGUUCGUGCGCGCGCACGUGUUCGACACCGCCGGCUACCUCGCGCGGCAGCUGCUCAUACACUUCAAGGAUGAGCUGAAAUGGCAAGCGGCCAAGAUCCUGGGGUCGGUGGACUUCCUGGGCAACCCGCUGGGGUUCGUGGCGGACGUGUCGGAGGGCGUGUCCGGGCUGCUGCUGGAGGGUAACGUGGGCGCGCUGCUGCAGAACGUCACGCACGGUAUCUCCAACUCCGCAGCCAAGGUCACAGAGUCGCUGGGCGACGGGCUGGAGCGCGUGGUGAGCGACGAGGCGCACGAGGAGACGCGGCGGCGGAUCCGCAGCGCCGCGCGCGGGGCGCACCUCGCCGCGGGGCUGCGGGGGCUCGGGCUCGGGAUACUCGGUGGCAUGACGUCUCUGGUGAAGCACAGCUACGAGGGCGCGACGCAGGAGGGGCUGCCGGGGUUCCUGGCGGGGGUGGGCAAGGGGCUGGUGGGCACGGUCACCAAGCCCGUCAUCGGGGUGCUCGACCUCGCAACCGAGACGGCCUCCGCGCUCCGGGACACCAGCAGGAGGUCAGACAAAUGGGUCCCGUCGCGCAGCCGAGGCCCCCGCUGCGCGCUGGGCGCGGGCGGGCUGCUGCAGCGCUACGACGCCGGCGCGGCCGAGGGCGCGGCGCUGCUGUACGCGCUCAACAACAGCGACUACUCCGAGCGCUUCCUGGCCUACCGCACCAUCCGCGACACGCCGCACGACAUCCGCGCCCUGAUCUCCGCCGACCAUCUCAGGAUCAUCACAUGCAAACACGCACACACCUCGCAUCCGCAGAUCGUCAUGGAAACACAUCUUAGCAACCUGGUGUGGUGCCGGGCGGUGAGCGCGGAAGACGCGCACUUCGUGGAGCUGGGCGUGCGCGGAGGCGCGGGCGAGGGCGUGCGGCGGCCGCGAGUGCAGGCGGACACUGCGGCGCUGGCGUGCUGGCUGGCCGCCACCGCCGCCUGCGCGCGCCAGCUCUACCACGAGGCUGCGCACACGCUGCACGACCAUCUGCCCGACUGUCUGUAAUCGCACUAGCUCAGAGUCCGAACACCACGUGGAAACCUUCAAUAAGUAUUAACGAUUUCCCAAAAAGACGACAAACUUGAUCAGAAUGAUUGCGGACUAUCCGAGGUGCCACCGUUUGUUAGACAUUACUUUCGUAGCUUACUUGCUUGCUUUUAUUUUAAUAUGUCUGCAAUCAUAAAAUGAUGUCAUUUUUUUUGAUCAAUCAUACCAUCAUAAUUAAGCCAUAAAACUGUUCAAAACCGUAUAUUCAAUGGCUUAUCCCAAAUGUUGUAUUAUAUAUAAGUUCUUACUACAUCACUAUUGAGUCACUGUUAACGCUUCCAUAUCGACGUGUAUAUUUAUCUCGUUUAUAGAUUAGUAUUCCAAGUAGUACCUAAAGUAUUAGAAGACUGAACAAUUUAAAGACAUUUCGAUAUGUAAACUAUUUCCGAUAUAAAGUCUAUUUAUAAUUAGGUGUGAACAAACUUUAGCUUUAUUUUUCUCAAGAGAUAAAAUGUGUUUUCAUAUCUCUCACACGAAAUAAUAUACAGCCUAUAUUUAACAGUUAUUACAUGGCGUCCGAUGCGUCGAGCGGGGGUUCGUCGAGUGGGUUCUACCCAUCUCGUUCAAACAUCUUGCGUGUAAUAGAAACAGUCGUCCCGUUAAAUUUUAACGAUGAAAGAGAUGAAACUAGUCUUUAGCGGCUAAAGUCUCGUUACAUCUCUUUCGUAAGAUUUUUUACUGAAAGGGUAGUAUCCGCCGCGUGCGCACGCUCGAUGCAACAGACUACUUAACUAAAGUAUUUGAUGUCUGUUCAAUCUUGACUUAGUAAUUUACAAAUUGUACAUGAGUUAAUAUUGCAAAUGUAUUUAUAUAUUUGAUGAUAGUGUGCGAUUUCGACGUGAUUAUACUCUUAAAAUUACAAUUGUUAAUCUACCCGGGUUGGCCUGGGAUUGUUGUGAUAUCCUGUAAUAAUGUAGUGAUAAUUCGUAGUUUAUGGUUUGUUUGUUUGUUGGUUGAAUUUUAUAUUAUGGUGCGUGGGUAGAGGUGGUGGUGAAUUUGCAAACACUCACUUGUAUAAGACUUGUCGGAGUAAAUGUUAACAGAUUUUACAGUUCCAAAUAUUAUUUUCUUCAAACUUGUUUAUAUAUUAUGCUUAUAAAAACUGUUAUGUUUUACAGAUCUUGAUUUUUAUAUGUUAAAAGCCAUUCGUUUCGUUUUGUCGUGUUCAAUUAUCUGGUAUCUAGGAUGUAUAUGUAGGAGUAUGAAAAAAUGUAAACAAUUUAUUUUAUAUCACAUUACGUUUAUUUCGCAAGUUGUUUAGAUAAAAACACAUUAAAAACGAUAAUUAGGCACUCGUAUAUCACGCGACGACACGUGGUACUACGCCAGUUAAUCUGUUAAGGUUUAAGAUGUCAUUUAAUGAAACGACUCUAACCAUGCCACGAGAGAAGUUCUGCAGCAAUAUGUAGAACUAUCAAUAACAAAUCGGCCACGUUGUUGGUGUUAGUUGCUGUAGUCUGCGACUUCUUUCUAGGCUCGAGUUCUUUAUAAUGUUGACUGUAUGUAGACUAUGUCGUGUAUAUACCACAGAUUAUGUAUUUUGAUUGUAGUGUGUGAGACAUACGAGUAAAAUAUAUUUUGUAUAUGAAGCCGAAUGGCGGAGCCGAGGCUGUGAGUCAAGAUUAGGCGGAAAUAUUGUUGUCUUAUCAAUUUAUUUAUUUACUUUGAUUUUUUAUUGUUGCUUUUUUUUUCAUUUUUAGUUUGAAAUGGCGCUAUCAUAAGUUACCCACAAACUCUUUUAAGUAUACAUAGGUACUGAUGCUGUGGCGCACGUCAUUUCAAUGUCGAUGCUGUACCUCGCUAUUAGUUACGGACAUAAAAAUGUGUUCUCGUAUUUAAUGGUAACUUUUCAUUUAUUAUACUUACAUAAUAAGUUUGACAGCUUGUAACAACCGGUUGUGGUGUGUUGUAUGGUUGUGGUGAGCUUGAAUAAGCUCGAUCGCGUUUUAUUUAUCCUCACAAUGUUUAUGAUUAUUGUUUACUAAGAAUUUUUGUAAUAUUAUUAUUAAACCUCGCUCGCACGAUGGCCCUUUCAAAGCGCGUUAAUAAACGUUUGGAAUGUCCAUGUUCACACGGCGACGCUUUUAUCGCAUUUUAUACGCUGUGCAUUGGACGGUAGGUCGUUGAAUGUCGAAUGUCACCGUAUGUCGAAAACGUAAAGACAACGCGCUAACAUCUCCAGUGCCAAUAAGGGGUUGAGCAGAGCUGAAAUAGUAUUUAGGUUAUUUUAUUUGUUUAUACAUACGUAACAUUAGCACGGUCACGCUUCUUACAAACAACAGUUUUUUUAUCGUGACGUGGGCCGUGAGGGUCGAAGGCUUCACCUUGUCAUUGCCAAAGUUUUAAUUGUUUUAUACUGAGCAGUCCAUGCGAAACUAGGAGCUUAUUUAUUUAUUUAUUCUAAGCAUAAUCGUUAAGUUUUUCAUUUCUUAUUUAUGUUAACUACAUUAACAAAACAAUAAACAUAAUACAAUGUU